CAAUUAUUGGAACAAAGCACUUAUAAAGCCGCGCAGCCGGCAGUUGAAGGCUCACUGUUUCGAAUAACUGUUCGCCAAAGCAUCUGGAUUUCCAAUUAUCCGAAAUCAAGACCCAAUGUCUGCUUCUCCUCGCCAAAAGCCGGAGAGCAUCUCCAUCAGCCCCCUCCUCAAGAAGCUCGCGUACCCCGCGUCCGAGUUAGCCGUGGAAGCUUCAGAGAUCGCCUCAGCAUUUGCAUUGAUUUUUGAGGAUCGUCUUUCAGACAUUCAGACCGCAGCUCUUCUUACACUUUUGCAUUCAACUCAAUUGGACAAAGAUGCGGAAGUCAUCGCGAAAUGUUCGCAUCGGAUGAGAGAGGCCGCUCGCCAAACCGACAAGGCAGCUCUGAGACAGGCGAUCCAAUCUCGUGGGAGAAAGGAGGGAAAUUACAGAGGUGGCCUGUGCGACAUAGUCGGAACGGGCGGCGAUUCGCAUUCCACCUUCAACAUCUCAACGACCUCGUCUAUUCUCGCUUCCCCCCUUCUUAUGAUGGCUAAGCACGGAAACCGCGCGCAAACAUCCUUCUCCGGAUCCGCCGAUGUGUUGAAUGCUAUUACUCCCGUCCCGCCCAAGAUUGGCGCUGUCACCGCCGAGAACCUGAGCCAAGUGUACGCCGCGUCGAAUUAUGCUUUCUUGUUCGCGCCGAACUUCCAUUAUGGUAUGAUGUACGCUGACAAUGUGCGCCGAAAUCUUGGACUGCGAACAAUCUUUAACCUGAUGGGCCCGCUCGCAAACCCCGUGGACUGGGCCAUUGAAGCUCGUGUUGUUGGUGUGGCCUACAAGGCUCUCGGGCCGGUGUUUGUAGAAGCGCUGCGCCAGAACGGAGUUACAAAAGGUCUCGUUAUCUGCGGUGAAGAGGAUCUGGAUGAGAUUAGCUGUGCAGGAAAGACGAAUUGCUGGCAAUUAUCCGAGAUCCCUAACCCCGACUACGAUCUGUCAAAAGAGGAUGACGAAGAUGAGGAGUACAGGACUCCCCCCACAAUAGCCAAACUGGAUGAAUUCCAGCUCGAGCCCGCCGAUUUCGGUCUGCCUAGCUACCCGCUGACUGCUGUCUACGGACGGAAGAUGCCUAAAGACAAUGCGGCCAAACUGAUGCAGAUUUUACGCAAUGAGCUACCCCGAGAUGAUCCAAUCCUGAGCUUCGUGCUCAUGAACGUCGCCGCGCUCUUGGUAACCUCUGGAAUCUGCGAAGCAGACAGCUCUAACAUGGGCCCUGGCGAUGAUGGACAGGUCAUUACCGAACGUGGUCCUGGAGGCGGUCGUUGGAAGGAGGGUGUCCGCCGAGCGCGCUGGGCGAUCGAGAGCGGCUCGGCAUUGAAAUGCUUUGAGGAGUUCAUCGAGGUUACAAACAAGCUUUAA